UCUCAGACUGCGGUCUACAGCGGAAGCGCAGAGCGGAGCGGCGGGCUGUGUUUGUGUCUGAGCGGCUUUGUUUACUCGGUUUAUCGGUGAUUUGUAGUGUUAAUUAGUGAGCUGUAGUGUAAAGUAGUGAGCUGUAGUGUAAAGUCGUGAGCUGUACUGUUAAUUAGUGAUCUGUAGUGUAAAGUCGUGAGCUGUAGUGUUAAUUAGUGAUCUGUAGUGUAAAGUCGUGAGCUGUAGUGAGGUCAUCUGAGUUAAUCUGAGCUCUCAGGGCGAGUUUAGCGUGUUCGAUUCCCCGGAUUCAGCGUUUAGUCCUCGGCGAGGAGCUGAACUGACUGACCUGCUCCGGGUUCGCCUCGCUAUGAGUCUGGCUCUGGGCCGAGAGCAGCGCUGCACUGCUGGAAACCGCCUCUCCAAACUACUGGAUCAGGAGGAAGAAGAUGACUUCUACAAAACCACCUACGGAGGGUUUAACGACGAGUCUGGAGAUGAUGAGUACCGAGGUGACCACUCAGACACGGAAGACGAAGUGGACAGUGACUUCGACAUCGAUGAGGGAGACGAGCCAGACAGUAAUGAGGAGGAGGACGCCCCCCGCAGGAAGAGCCGCGUCGUUACAAAGGCUUAUAAAGAGCCAGUGAAAGCGGUAAAGCCGAAAGUGAAGCGUCCGUCUGAAGAACCAAAGAGAACAGAGAGACCCAAAGCCGAAAAACGUUCUCACCAGGACCUGCAGGAGUACGGAGAGUUGCGCAAGUCGGUGCGCAAGUCCACCAGCGAGCACACAAGGAAGACCUUCGAGCGUCUGCAGGAGCGCCAGAUGGAGGCGCCACGCCGCAGGAAAACCAACACCGAGCGCAUUCUGAGUCAGGAGGAGCUGCUGAAGGAGGCUCAGAUUACAGCUCAGAUUAACCUGCAGUCUCUAGAGAAUUACGAGCGUCUGGAGGCUGAUAAGAAGAAGCAUGUCCAGAAGAAGAGAAGGUUUGAGGGGCCCACGAUCCGCUAUCACUCCGUACUGAUGCCUGUCACUACAGACGCUCUGCUGAAGGAGGAGAACGUGGAUGUGGAGGGGCUGGAUCAGGACAUGCCCCAGUCUACUUCUUCCACCGGCGCAGCGGGGACAGGGUCUCUGUGUGCUCGCAGUUUCGUCACCUUCAGCGACGAUGAGGCGUUUGAGGCCGCCUUCCCCCCGUCCGCCCGCUCUGGCCCCGCCCUCCCUGUGCAGGAGGUGUGUCCUGUUACCCACAAGGCCGCGCUGUACCGCGACCCCGUGACGGACAUCCCAUAUGCCGACUCCCGUGCAUUCAGGAUCAUCCGCGAGGCGUACCGGAAAUACAUCGCAGCUCACGGGUUCCCCAGCAGUGACUCGACUGAGUCAGCAGGGGGCAGCGGUGCAGCAGCAAAGAGCCUCAGGCCUAAAGGACUGGUCAAACAGGGGCUAAUCACAGCCUGAACACACCAACCACUGACACCAUAGAGCCAGGAGGGGGCAGCAUUGCAGCCUCAGGCCUAAAGGACUGGUCAAACAGGGGCUAAUCACAGCCUGGACACACCAACCACUGACACCAUAGAGCCAGCAGGGGGCAGCAGUGCAGCCUCAGGCUUAACCUGAGGGAAUCAGCAGGCGGACCACCGUGGUCACCCUGAGGGAAUUUAGUCUAGGUUUAUAGAUUAAUGAUGGCUAGUUAUGUUAGCUACAUUUGCUUGCAGCUGCGGUGCUGAAGCCACAUUAGCCUCGUAGCUGCAGUGCUAAAGCCACAUUAGCCUUGUAGCUGCAGUGCUAAAGCCACAUUAGGUUGUAGCUGCAGUGCUAAAGCCACAUUAGCCUCGUAGCUGCAGUGCUAAAGCCACAUUAGCUCAUAGGUGCGGUGCUGAAGCCUCAGGAUGGAGUGUGUUUAGCUGCUGUGAGUGUUUCAGGUUGUGCUGACUGACUGAACGCUGGUGUUUUUACUGUCUGUUUACCGAGUUCAGCUGUUUGAUAAUAAAGUGUUUACAGAUGUUUGGAGUAAA